GUGUAAAAGACAGCUAGCAAUGAAGGAGUACUCUCACCUACCAUAAUAUUACUCUUCUAUCAAUCCCCCCCCCCCCUCUUUACCACUAUUACUUCUGCUUCCUACUUCUUCUUGUUCUUCUACUUCUAUUUCUUCUUCUAUCCCCUUUGCCCUUCUCUUUUUAGACCUCUCUCUCUCUCCCUCUUUCUUCACUUCUACUCUUUCUUUCUUCCUUUCGCUGCUGCUUCUUCUUUGUAAGGAAAUUGGAAGUAAUUUAUCCUUGGAAAGCAGAGGAUUUUCCUAUUCAUUUCUUGGGAAAGUAACAAAGGAAAAUAAAGAAAAACAUUAGUCGCAUUCUCCAGAAAGAAUCAUGAUUGGACCAGCAAAUUUCAUAGACGAAAUAGACUGCGGUAGCUUCUUCGACCACAUCGAAGACCUCCUCGACUUUCCCACAGACGAUAUCGAGGCUUGUCUCCCUGGUCCCGACUGCACCACCACCACCACCACAAACAAUGACAACGGGAACGCCAACUCGUUUCCAAGCAUUUGGUCGACUCAGUCAGACUCACUGCCGGGUUCGGACUCGGUGUUCUCUAACAACAGCGCCUCCGAUCUCUCGGCGGAGUUAUCCGUUCCGUAUGAAGAUAUUGUUCAGCUGGAAUGGUUAUCAAAUUUUGUUGAGGAUUCUUUCUCUGGAGGAAGCCUAACAAUGAAUAAGGAAGAGUCCUCUUCCAAGAAUAAGGAUUCAUCCCACCACCAAUUCCAGAUCUCCAGUCCAGUUUCUGUCCUUGAUAGCAGCAGCUCCUCCUCGGGAGAGAAAACUGCGCCACGCAGCCCUGAUAUCGUUGCCUCUUGCAGGCGUGGACGUGCUCGUAGCAAACGUCCUCGCCCUGCUACCUUCACUCCCCGUGCAGCUAUGCAACUUAUCUCUCCCAGCUCCUCAGUCAAUGGGACCCCUCAGCCUUUUGCUGUGCCUAAGGUUCCCUCGGAUUCUGAAAAUUAUGCCGAGUCACGACUUUUGAUCAAGUUACCAAAGCAAGUUGCCCCGGAACAUAAGAAGAAGAAGAAAAUCAAGAUUACAGUUCCAUUAGGUUCUGCAGAAAUAAGCCAAAAUUCAGCACCACAACAAGCAGUUAGGAAAUGCAUGCAUUGUGAGAUAACUAAGACACCGCAAUGGAGGGCAGGACCAAUGGGGCCUAAAACUCUUUGCAAUGCUUGCGGUGUUCGCUACAAGUCAGGCAGGCUUUUCCCCGAGUACCGACCUGCUGCAAGUCCAACCUUUGUUCCAUCCUUGCACUCCAAUUCCCAUAAGAAAGUCCUGGAAAUGAGAAGCAAGGCCGGUGACAAUCUUGCUAUGGCUAGAAAUGCUACAAUGAUGAGCAACUCGCUGGAGUUUAUUCCGAACAAUAGCAACCUUGCAAUGGAUUACAUGUGAGGAAGGAGAUGGAGAACAGUGUUUCCAUUUGGAGCCUCUCUAUCAUCCGCCUCUUUAAUUUCACUCAUUAUGUUAUUUACAUACUGUUGUUUGACUUCUUUGUUAAUUGGUUUCUUUGUACAGGGAUGGAAUGGGUGGAAAUAGGAGCUUAGAUGACCAUAUUUUAGCUAGUAGAGAAGGAUUGUAAGAGCCUACUGAAAGAAAAAAAGGGUUAGAGCCAAAUGGAAGGUUCAAGAAUAGUAGAGUUUUAGGGUUUUAGUCAACGGUAGGUCCUUAAGGAGUUAAGGUUAUUAGGUAUAAGGGUCUGUGUCUGUCUCUUUUUUCGCAUUCUUUUCUUCUUUUUUCUUUGAUGGGUAUUCUUUUUGCAGUUCUAUUUGUUAGUAGAAAUUUCUGAGAUGAGUAAUGGAUUGUGAAAACUUGUAAUGCCUCAUCUGCAAUUUUCUUUCCAAUUAUAAGAUUCCCCAUUUGCAGCCA